CAACUUGAUUCACACACAUAUAAAGUUAGUCAGUUAGCACUUUCUAUCUCUAUUAGUAAUUCUUUUUCAAUAAAUAGAUCUAACCAAACUAAUAUAAUUAAAUAUUCUAUCACUAUUAGUUAUAUAUUAAUUAAAUUAAAAAACUGGUGAAUUUAAUUACCAACAAAUAUAUUAUUUAAAACUAAAAAAUUUAUUAUUAAAAAAAAAAAAAAAAAAAAAAAAAAGGUAAAUUAAAUUUUUUUUUUUUUUUUUCUAUAAAUAUAAUAAAUAACAUUAAAUAAUUAUAACAAAUUAAUUAAUUAAUAACUACAACACAUAUAAUUAUAAAAAUAAUUUCUCAUAAAAAAUCACAAAGUCCAAUAAUUUUUAAAAAUCAUAAAAAAAAAAAAAAAAUGUCAACAAUCAUUAAUUCAACUGCCAAUACUAAUGGAGCCGCCAUUUAUUAACCAAAAGACAAAUAGAGCAUUAUUGUCCAACAUCAAGAAUGCUACUCCUUUAAACCCAAAUGCAUCUUUAAAAAAAAACUCAGUUGGGGUUGAAAAUAUCUCUGUAAAUAGUUCCGCUAAAAAAGCAAAUAAUAACAAUGUUGUAAAAAUUAAUAAUAAUAGUAAAAAUAAUAUUUUGUUCACUCCAUCCAAAGGUGUUUCAAAGGCUAGAUCAAGUACCGCCAAUACUGCUAUUGUUGCCCAACAAGAAGUUUUCUUAGAUUUAACUUCUAUCCAAAACGAUUUGAAAAGAAUAGGUGUUGAUACCACUGGCGGUAUUUCCCCAUGCGCAAGCCCACUCAAAGACUCUGUACCAAUUUCCAUGAUCGAUCUUGAUACUACUGCUGCCAUUACCACCAUCACUAAAGAAUCAGUUGAAAGCGAAUCAUCAUUAGUUGUUCCAGUUGGUCCAUCAUUAGAUUUAGUCCACACUAAAACCACUAGUUUAGAGAACAAAGUCUAUGAUGCCAGUUUCUUUAUGUCAUUAAAAUCCGCCAAUACCGUUAGACCAAAAGAAAUUGAUAUUGUUGAAAACCAUCAAAAAGAAAUUGUAGUUUCAUUACCAACUACUCCAUUCAUCUUAAAUAAUAGUAUCAACAGUCAACGUAAUUCACAACAACAACAAAAAACUAAUAUCCCAAUUUUUUCACCACAAGUAAGUCCAUUCAAAAUCGCUUAUAAUCUUCAACAAUCAUCAUCCCAAUCACCAAGUAAACAAAUUGUUACACCAAAGAAAAAUAAUGGUGCUUUAUCUACCACCACUACUCCUGCCUCUUACUAUCGUGAUAAUAAUUAUAGUGCCACCAAAUCAAAUAAUUAUAGUGCCACCAAAAAACAAAACCCAAUUCCAUUCGCUUUAAAUACAACCCCAGUAAAAGCAAAUAAAAUAGUCACCUAUACUCCACAAUCCAAUAAAAAAUCUGCUACAGAAGAAUCAACUAUUGCUGUUGUUGAUACAGAAGAUACCGAGGAAUCUUCAGUUCCAUCUGUUGAAACACCAAAGAAACUUCGUGAAAUUGAUCCAAAGAGAUUGGCUGCUAGACAAAGACAAAUCGAUAUUGGUAAAAUGACUGCUGGUUAUAAAAAUUAUAUCGCUACUGUACCAAAAUCAAAGAGAAAGCCAACCGAUCCAAAGACUCCAAAUAAAAAUCAAGUUUGCUCAAAGAGAUCUUGGGAUGGUCAAGUCAAGAAAUGGAGAAGAUUAUUACAUCAAUAUGAUCCAACCCCAAUUCCAUUCAAUGAAGAAGAAAUCGAAAAAGAAAUGAAAUUAAUGGAAUUAGAACAAGAACAAAAAGAUAAAGAAACCACCGAUACUUCUGCUAUCAAUGAUGAUGACCAAGUUGUUCCAGCCAUUGAAAAUUAAAUCAAUUUAUAAUUUAUAUAUCUUCAACAUAAUCAUAAUCAUAAUCAUAAUAAUAACAGUAAUAUUGUUAUUAAUCUUUUUUUAAAAUCAUCAUUUCAUAUUUUUUUCCUAAAAAGAAAAAAAUCCAAAAACAUAUUUAAUAUAAGUUGUAAAAGUACAGAUAAUAAUUUAGACUCAUUUAGGCUAAAAAAAAGGGAUUUAUUGUAUAUAUCUUCUUUUUUAUUUAAAUAAAAACUAAUAAGAAAAGGUAGUGCACCCUUUCAUAAUAUUGCAUUU